CUCAAGCAACUGAUCGAUCAGUUAAUCGUUCUUGGGGCCAAUAAACCAUUGAUAGAGCAGGUGUUUAUCAAAUUUGUUCAUGGGUUGACAAGACCAGGUUCCUGCGUCGAAACAAGCCUUGACAUUAUCAAAGAGACAACUGCCAGCUUCAAGAGGCAUGAUCAAGAACUACUGAGUGAAGAAGCGACAGAGGCAUCACUCACUCUCAUCUGGAAACUCGUCAACCAAAUGAUCUCGAAUGGCAAUCUGUCAGUAGCCAGACAGUGGUGUCUGUUUUUGCUGGAAGGGCCAGUGUUCCAUAUUUCUCCAAGCAACAAGGCUAAGCUCUUCAGGUAA